ACGCGAACUUUAUAAAAUAUUGUGUAUAUAGGUAUAGACAUUUUGGUUUCAUCGUCUUUGGUACGACUGGUACCUCAAGUAAAUGUUAAAUAAUUUUUUUUUUAUCAUAUUUUAUAGUCCUGUGCAUAGGAAGUAUACAAGGAUAUAGAGUAUAUUUUUGUAAAUCGAUUUCCCGGGGAUUUUUAUUAGCCAGCCAGUUUAAAUCGGUCCGGAGUAUGACAUGGUAGCCUCAGCAACUGGAGUUACGCAAACACUAUUCGACUUCACGCGGACAGACCAGGUCAGCAAUUGGACAGAGUACUCGGACACUGUUAAACCGGCGGGGAUGUCCAAGGCAGUUCUGGUGAUCCAAAAGACUCAACUAGUUCAGCGAGCUAUUUUCUUCUCCCUGUUCAACCCGCGGCCGAACAAAAUGGGAUUCACGGCUGUACGCUGUGAUACUAAUUUUAAUCUCCAGGAUUUUAAUUAUGUGACGAUAAAGUGUCGCGGGCAGGGCAUUAAUUUGAGGUACAAAAUGGUUUUAAGACACAGAGGAAUUAUUGAUAAUAAUUCGAUGGUCUUCGGGCAAGUAUUUACGGCACCAGAAAAUGAAUUCUCGACGAUAAAACUACCGCUGGCUGAUUUUAAACCGUAUUAUCGCGGACGUGAGUUACCUGUAGAAGAAAAUCCGCUGGAUUUAACGGCGAUUACAAAUAUUGGACUUAAAGUUGAUAUGGGACCUUAUUUGCCGGAUAAUCAAGCUGGCGUUGCGGCUUUAGAAAUUGAUUGGAUUAAAGCUACUAAAUAAUAACUAUUAUUAUUUACUUUACUCUAUUAUAUUUUUAUUUAUCUACUAAUAUCAACAGAUUGAUAUUUUAAAAUAUAUAUUAGAUAAUAAAAAAAAAUCAAUGUAUAAUAAAAUUUAUUUUUAUCUGAAAUUGGGGUAAUUUGAACAUAUCUAGGACUCAAA